GACUAGAUUAGAGCUGUUAGAUCUAGUUCUGCAAGUAUUUUAUUUGAAAGUCUACAGAUUAUGAUACUUUAUCUGUUACUGUGGAGCACUUUAUCCCUUACUUCUACAGUUGCUCAACAGUAUCUUCCCUUUGUGUCUCCUCCUGACUAUAAUGUGUUUACUGAUGUAGAUGAUGACUCUGUUCAUGUAGCAUUGCCAACUACUCUUCAGUUUGGAGGCAUUGACUUCAGUAAUGCUUAUAUUAGUAGCAAUGGCUUGGUUAGCUUUGGUCGCGGGUUUGAUGCUUAUGAACCAGUGGAAUUUGAUCUUAUUAGUGAUAAUUUAACUAUUGUUGCUCCAUUUUGGGAUGAUAUACAGAUGACUGGUUCAAGGCAGUUACGUUAUCAAAUAGUAUCAGGAUCAUCUUCUCUCAUCAAUCAAGUUAAUGCAUUUUUAACUAGUCAUUCUGGUGUCUCUUUCAGUGCUGAUUGGUUGUUGUGGGCUUAUUGGCAUGAUGUAUGUCCUUUUUCUGAUUUAAAUUGUGAUUUCCAUCAGUCAAACUACUUCCAAGCUAUUGUUGUAGUGCAAGGAAGAAGAACAUAUUCAAUAUUUACCUAUCGGUGUGGACUCAUAAGAUGGACAACCUAUGGUGCUGGUAUUGGUUUCAGUGUAAAUGGUACAUUUUAUGAAAAGCAUCCAUUGUCAAACAAUGCCAGCCUAGCUGUUAAUAUUGACUGUGAUGGUGCCAUAUCAGGCUGGAACAAUGUUGUUUACAGGAUUGACUCUGCAAUAGUCCCAGUCUGUAAUUUCUCAUGUGGUAAUGGGACAUGCGUUGCUAAUAAUGUUUGUAGAUGCUUUGAUGGUUGGACUGGUGAUCACUGUGAUCAAGUGUUUUGUACACCACCAUGUUUACGUGGCACUUGCACUCUAAACAAUAAUUGUGUUUGUGAUCCUGGGUGGACUGGUUCAAGAUGUAGAACAGACAUUAAUGAAUGUACAUAUGUUGCCUGUGAUCAGUUUUGUAAUAAUACAGAAGGUUCAUAUGCCUGCUAUUGUGGUCCUGGAUAUGAGAUAUUGAGUGAUAAUUCAACCUGCAGAGAUAUAGAUGAAUGUGAGACUGGCUCUAAUAAUUGCACACACUUCUGCAACAACACAUUGGGCUCAUACACAUGUUCAUGUAUUGAUGGAUACACUAUGACUGAAUAUGGGCUGUGUCUGGAUAUUGAUGAGUGCUAUUUGAAUAUUAGUGGCUGUGAUCAUAGCUGUAUAAAUACUAAUGGAAGCUACUACUGUGAAUGUAGGUCAGGAUUCAGGCUACAUGCUAAUGGUCGCUAUUGUGAAGAAAUUGAUGAAUGCAUUGAGAAUCCUAACCUGUGCCCAAUCAAUAGCAACUGCUUCAACACACAUGGUAGUUAUAGUUGUGAUUGUAUUAAUGGAUAUCACAAGAACGAAUCAGGAUAUUGUAUAGAUAUUGAUGAAUGUGAUACUGAUGCUAAUAGCUGCUCUCAAAUAUGCAUUAACACUGAAGGGUCUUAUGAUUGCUCUUGUAAUAACGGUUAUGAAAAACGAUUCAAAUAUUUCUGUUUUGAUAUUGAUGAAUGCGAGAAUCCUAGUAUCUGCUCCGGUGAUCAUCAAGUGUGUCAGAAUACAUUAGGCGGCUAUACAUGUUCUUGUAAAGAAGGAUUUGAAUAUGGCAGGGAUGGCAUGACAUGUGAACCUAAAGCAUGCCAAGUCAUACUGCCACCAAUUAAUGGAAACCUUUACUGUAACGGUAACAGGACUAAUAAUACAUGUCAUUAUACUUGUAACAGUGGAUAUGUAUUAAGCGAUUCAUCUUCACGCACCUGCCAACCAAACGGACAUUGGUCUGGAAUCCCUCCCUAUUGCUCUCCUCUUCCUUGUCCUACAUUGACAUCACCAAGUAAUGGUUACCUGCAGCUACCUUGUGAUGGAGUGUAUCAGUCACAAUGUACUGUAAGGUGUUUUGAUGGAUAUAAGUUAGCUAGCACUAAUGGUACUCUUAGUACUGUGACUUGUGACUUGUCAUCUAAAAACAGAACUAUGUGGAGUAACACUGAGGAAUGUGAAGAAAAGGACCCUUGUGAAUCUAAGAAUCGCUGUCUUCAUGAUGGCAUAUGUUUAAGAGUUGAUUCUGAGGAAGGAUUUGAAUGUAAUUGUACUGGCACUCUUUAUGAAGGAAGGACGUGUGAAAGAGCAUUAGUGCUUAUUGAUCCUAUUGGACCAGUGAUAUCAUUCAAGUUCAAAAAUAUCACUAUCAGAGCAAAACCUGAUAAUGAUACAACAUAUAAUGUUAAAGAUUGUAGUAGUUCUGGUGGCACUUUGACCUAUUUUGCUUCUCCUUGCAGAUUUAAUCUUAGUAAGAGUAAAACUAGUCAGAAUGUCACUUUGCGAGGUGUUUUUCCGGGAUCAUAUGUAUUUGAGCUUAAUGGAGUCCCUCCUGUUCCUAUACUUGUUGUUUCUGAAUCUCAGUCAUCACCUUAUUUUGAUAAAUUUGGCAAUAGAUCUAUUCAACCAAGCUGUUGCUCCAAUAUUUUUACAUCAAUAUGCCAUGAUAAAACAUUAGCAGUGCAGUUAAACUCAUCUUGUUCAUGGGAUAAAUCUUUACGUACAACAAGAGGAAUAGUUUUCAUUAUUUAUGAUAACCUAAUUGUUCCAGUUUCACUGGCUGGUGUAAACAUAACUUCAGAAAAUGCUGCACUACCUUCACCUGCUCGUGCUGUUUGUACUGAUAAUUGUGAUAAUAAAUUGAAACCACUGAGUUCUACUGAUAAAUGUUACAGGCAUAUACCUACUCCUGAUGACUUAAGUGAGUUUGUUAGGAGACAAUCACUGACAGAUUCCUUUUUGUCAUCAAUAAGGACAAGUCUAUUUCCAAAUUGGUUUAACAUCUCAAUAACGGAUGAUCUUGAUGCCAUUAAUAAACUAAGCAGUACUGAUUAUCUUGCUAAACUAGUAUCACCAGCUAAGUUAAUAGAUGAGAAAGGUUGUGAAUCAUUAGUCAUUGAGGAUAACAACGAAGGACGAUUUCUUGUAUUACAGCACAAUGGACCUUUAAACCUUACAUUGGAGAAUGAACAAUCUUUUGUUCUUAACUCUCCAUCAUCAUCUGAUUUUUACUGCAUUGCUGUUCAUGUUUGUUCAGGUCAAAGGUCACCAGUCUACAUUGGACUACCUCCUUCAGCUCAAGAUGGUAUUGAUAGUAUUUCUUUUAUCUCAAAUUACAUCAAGAAGGGGUGGACAUUUAACUUUAAUAGUGUCUCACUCAGCCAGACAUUACAAAAAACAGUAUUAGAAGCAAAACUUUGGAAUGGCUACUCAUACAUGCAAAGAUACUCUCAAGACUACUUCCAGUAUGAUACACUAGUGAACAUGAAGAGUGCUCAAGGAAGAUUUUCUCAUGGAAACACAAAUGUUAAUUUAAGUUUUAGUGGAUUUAUUCGAUAUAAAUACAUUACAGAAGACAAAGCUAAUGAAGCACUGCUUCAUGGAGAUUGCACUUUUGUAGUGAUGUCAAGAGUAACUGGCAGCUUAGCAAAAUUAGAGCUAAAGAAAACUUCAACCAACAUCACAAUACAUCAUAAAGAAAACUCUCCACCACCAAGCUGUUCUUCAAUAGGCCCAACAAAUGGAGUAUCAUUCAAAUUAGCAUACACCCCACAACAAGACCAGCCUUUCUAUUUGAGUGUAUUGGAACUACCUUCAGACACUCCUCAGUGUCCAGUUGAUGCAUUCCUUAGUUUGAACAGUAAUCAAGAUAUGAAUGGGUUGAGUUUCUAUUCUGAAUGUCUUGAUGUAUCGUUUGAUGCAUUAAUAUUUACUACUCUAGAUCUAGCUCACAGAAUAUAUAUUCCAAUGUCUGAUGAUACACUAUGUAUUAAACCAGAAAACUUCACUUCUCUCUUCUCCAUGGCUGAGUUUGGUCUCGUCAUUCAUUCUUCAUUGAAUGCUAGUCGGUUAAGAUUGAAUACAUUUAUUCAAUUAUUACCAGGUUAUGAUAAUACUGCAUUGUCGUUAGGCUUUUACAAGCACAUUAAUGGGAAAGUAGGCCUGAUACACUCAUUAGAAAUGACAAUGUUUGAUAAUACUUUUGUGACACAAGCCAGACUAAGAACCAUGGAGCUUAGCUUUGGGUUAACAAUUAAACUAUUCAAUGAAGAAUUUUUCACUGCAUUUAUUCAAGGCAGAGCUAAUACUAGCAGGCAGUGGAGAGACUUGACAGUUAGCAUAAAUGGCUGGUUUCCAAAAGGUAAUGGAUACUUUGUGGAUACAAUGGAAAGGAAUGUAACAAGGAAGAUCACUACAUUAGGAAAUGAAGCAAACAUGAGAAAAGGAGAAGCUGAUAAACAAUUACUUGAAGCUACAGCUAGACUAAUAAGGGCAGAUGGUCAACUUAGUGAUGCUAGAUUGGCCUUCAGUAAUGCUUCUACUCAACUCAGUGCAGUGCAGAACAACCUUGCAGAAUCAAGGGAACGUUUGCGAUUAGCUGAAUUAAAUGUUACAAUGGCCAGAAGUGAAAUAAGACAAGCAGAAGAUGCUAUUAAUGACGUCUGUGAUGUACAGGUUUGUCCUUUGGAGUGUCAGAAUGCUACAAGAAAACGAACUGUGUACAGAGAUGUAUACUAUGAAGCUGAAGGAGUUUGUGAUUCAGUAUGUAAUGUUACUGUUAGUGUUAGAGUAGCACCAUACUCUGUACCUGCUAGGGUGUGGAAAUUCAUACGAUGCUGUGAAAAUAGACUAGAAAAUUGUCAAGACAGCUUAUGCAAUGGAGAAAGCUGCUCAUUUGUCUGCAAGUCAGUAAGCUCUACUCGCCCUGUUUUUAAUUAUAGGGAAGCUAUUGUUGAGCGUCCAUGCAAGGUUUCAUGUAACGUUAGUCAGUAUGGGGCAACAGUUGAAGAAACUGAAGAAUAUAUUGAUCCAUGUGGACGUAGAGGGCCUAAUGCUGCUUGUGUUGCUUCUAAUGCUGAUUGUAACAGGGAAAGAGAAGCAUCAUUAAGAGCACUUGAAAUAAGGAGGAGUGAACUGGUGGCACCAUUAAGAGAAAGAAAUAGAGCAAGAGCUGAAGUGGAGUUGUUAGAAAUUAGACUAAGUGAAGCUCAACGCAGUGAGCAAUUAGCUAAUGAGACACUAGUUUCAACACAAUCACUCCAUAGGCUUAUCAUUCAAUAUAAAGAAGCAGUAGAAAAGAGUCACAGAAUGAUACUGGAAGAAAUCAAAAAUGAUCUAAAGUUAUACAACCUGACACAACAGUAUGGCAAUAACGUAUUCAAUGUUACAAAUAUCACAUUCACAGUAUUAGUCAGUGAAAACAAUAAUCCUUCAGUUUUUCCAAUUGUGAUAACCUAUGACACUCCCCAAAGGAGCAAUGAGCAAUUAAAUUAUGCAUAUGAUUUCAAUACUCAGUUCUCAUUGCAAAUCGAAACUCUCGUAAACGAUAUAAUUGACUCCCUUUUCACAUCACAGGGAAGGAGAAGGAGAAGGCAAACAGAGCUGAAUCAACCAGGGCGUGAGCAGUUUGAAAUUCAAUGUGCUCAAUUGAAAAGCAUAGAUAAAUUUAUUCAAUACAUGUAUACUACACUAGAAGAGGCUGAAAUGAGUGGAAUGGAUAUACGAGUGUCUCUGCAAGAACUAAUAGAAUCGUCUAAUGUCACUCUUAACACAACUUCAGUGAGCAACACAACAGGUCUUGGUAAUUAUACUAGUCUUAAAGAACUGUUUGAUAUAACUCAGGAAGAAAUAGAACAAAGUAGAGGAGAUUUAGGUAAUGUGGAAGAUGAAGUGCUAAGUUCUCUUAGAUCAUCAUACAAGAGCUUACAAACUGAAGCACAGUCUGUCUUGGAUUCACUUGAAGCCACACUACUGAUGCAAUGGAGGUCUGGUUUAGAGAUAUUGCUUCAAGGUAAUGGUACUGUAGCUGACAGACCCUGCUCAGGACUGGUUGACUGUAUAUUAGUAUUGAAUGGCUCAUUGGGAAACUUACUUUCUUUUGUACCAUCAGAGAUCACAACCUUACUAUCACAGAGUCUGCCAGUAGCUUCACAACUCCUGCUACAGCUAGCAAGCAAUGAACUAACCAAUUUCACUGACUCUAGGAACAAACUAACUCCUAUUAGAUCUCUUGUACAGGCUAUGCUUGAUAAUGGCUACUGGUGCUCUACUCUACCACAAGUGAUUGUACAUCCAGUAGCAGAGACUAGUGUACAAAUAAAUACUGCUCUAACUCUAACAUGCAGAGGUAACUCCAGUCUACCAGUUUCAUAUCUAUGGAGAAAAGAUGGAGUAGCAGUACCAAACACUAACAGUCACACAUUAGUGCUUAACGAUAUGAGAGUAUUCGAUGAAGGUAAUUAUAGUUGUGAGAUAACAAACGAUGUUGGUACUGCCCGUUCAACAAACUCAAGUGUUCACGUUUUCAUUCUUCCUCAGUAUUAUCAACUGCCAUCAUCAGUCAUAACAUACAUGGGAGAUGAGAAUGGAGCCUACUUUACAUGUAAUGCUACAUCGAGACCAGAUCCUGGUUGGAGGUGGUAUCACAGAUCAUCUACUAGAGCACAAUGGAGAGAGGUAAUAGGAGCAGUGACAAAUGAACUUCUUGUAAGGAGCCCAUCACAAUCUGAUGAAGGAGAGUACAGGUGUGAAGCUUAUAAUGAUUUUGGUAACCUCUCAUCAGACCCAGUCUCACUCCAUCUUGUAUCAGUAACAGUAAGAGUGUUAGCAUAUAAUGUAGAAAUAUCAAUGGUGAGACAGAAUGGUACUGAGCUGAGUGAAAGAGACAUUAGUUUACAAGAAGAUUUAAAGAAUAAGUUUGAAGAAGGGGUUUCAUUUGGAGAUGUGGUAUUAUCAGAGGAGAUUGGAGUGACAGAUGUUAUACUGGAUGAAGAAAUAGUCAUUAGUUUCAAACUAAUCAGUCCCAAUGUAACAAUACCUCAAAAUAUUCAUUUAGAAACUAUUGUGAACAACCUCACAAAUUCUAGAAUCCAAUUAAACAGAGUAAGAGAUGAUUUGGAAAGAUUUCUAGACAAUUCUGAGGAUUUUAUACUGGAAUAUGAAGACUCAGAGUAUCAAUAUAGACGUAGCUCAUUUCGCGUGGACAUACCAGAAAUACAGUGUCCACCUGGUCAAGAGCUUCAUUCUAACAGAUUCCUAUGCUCUGAUUGUCUUGAAGGACAAGAGCAAGCUGUCAUUGUUGAGAGUAGAGUGACUGGUAGCGGAACUAUUAUUGAGAGAGUGCCACGCUGUUCUCCUUGUCCUUUCCAUACUUAUCAGGAUAUAGUAGGAUCAUACGGACAAUGUAAGCCUUGUCCUGUUAAUCACAUUACAUUCAUAACUGGUGCUAAAUCUCUUGAUCAGUGUACAGAGCUAUGUCCUGUUAAUUAUAACUCAUCAAAUGGGCUAAUGCCAUGUAGACCAUGCCCUAGUGACACUUAUCAACCUACUCCUGGCCAAAUUGAGUGUCUUACUUGCACAUCAGAAAAUGAUGAUCCUCUAUGUUCGAAAAAUCCAUGUGAAAAAUCUAAAAUUAUUGGUUCGUGUAAUGAAGGGUAUCUUAGAUUUUAUUAUGAUAGUUCCCUGCAGCAGUGUGAACCAUUUUUGUACAGUGGUUGUGAUGGAAAUGAGAAUAAUUUCCCUUCACUAAAUGAGUGCUCUCAAACUUGUGGAUGCCCACAGAAUCAGUCCAGUCUGCUGGAGUGUACCAAUGAUCCUUGUCAGUCUAAUACAUGUCCAUCUGCUCCUACUGCUCAGUGUUUUCCUGAUUAUUGUGGUAAUUGUACUAGCAGAUACUAUUACAAUGAUCAAGAAGUGACUGAAACAUGCUCUUGCAGUAAUGGCUUAGAACCUGUUUUAUGUGCACCAUCUUGUCUGUCAACUUGCCGUAUUCCAGAGCCAAUAUGUCCCAUAUCUUCCUGUGUACCAGGCUGUGGUUGUCCUGAUGAUACCAUAUAUGAUGAGAUUAAUAAGGAAUGUGUCCUGCCAUCAUCCUGUGAUACUUGUAGUCUUCCUCCUGUUAUUGGUCCGUGUCGUGGUGCGUUCCCCCGUUGGUUUUAUAACUCUUCUUCUGGUAGUUGUGAGUUAUUCUUAUAUGGUGGCUGCAGUGGUAACACUAACCGGUUCAUUAGUCUACAGCAGUGCAUCCAAUCAUGUGGCUGUGAAUCAAGUGAGACUGCUUUGAGUUGUAGUGGUGAUCUUUGUAUGGGUGCUUCUUGUGAUGCUCAUGAUAACUCGAUUUGUGAAAUUGAUUCUUGCUCAAAUUGCACUGUUAAGCAUUAUGUCGGAUUGGAAGAAGUCACUGAUCAAUGUGAUGUGUGUUCUCUUCCUCCUGAUGUUGGCUCUUGUAAUAAUAACAUCAGUAGAUGGUAUUUUAACAGUGAAAGCAGUCGUUGUGAAUUGUUCAAAUAUGGAGGCUGUAAAGGCAACAAGAAUAACUUCAACUCAUUAAGAAGCUGCCUUCAAACAUGCAGUAGUCAAACCUGUGAUGUUGGAGUGACUGUGGUUGAUUGCUAUACUGAUCCUUGCCGCACUACACAUUGUCCUAAUUUUGACAAUGCUCUCUGUAUGCCUAACUAUUGUGGAGAGUGCUCUGCUCAUUAUUAUAACAGUACAGGACAUGAUAUAACAAUGAUGUGCAGUGAUUGUCCAUCUGACAAGGCACCAGUGAAGUGUCUCAUCAAUCCAUGUGAUUAUAGAACAUGCCCUAACCUACCACCAACUGAAUGUGUGCUGAAUGUCUGUGGGGAAUGUAAAGCACAGUAUUAUUGGAACAAUGUUGAUGUCACUGAGUUCUGCAUGACAUGUCCCUUUGGGGGUCAAAUAUUUAAGGAAUGUGGUGCCUCAUGUCAACGUACUUGUGAUGAUAUUCGUUACCAAAGACCUUUUGUUUGCAGUAGACACUAUUGUGUACCUGGCUGUGCUUGUCCUGCUGGACAGGUAUUGGAUGAGUCAAUUAAUAGGUGCGUUUAUCCAGAGCAGUGUCCUUGUCAAGGAACAUGUGAUCCAGUUCCUAAUAAUUGUACAUCACUCUCUUAUGAUAAUUGUAACUGUCCAUUUUGUAAAGAUUGUCCUAUUGUUGGUCAAGAGUAUAAUGAUGUAAAGGCCAGUUGUCCAAAGACUUGCUCAAAUCCUCACCUUCUGUGUGCUGGUGAGGGACAGCCUGGCUGCUCAUGUCCACUGGGUCAAGUAAUUGAUGAAAUGAACAAUCGCUGUGUGCAACCUAAAAAUUGUCCCAAGCCUGAUCCAUGUACAUUAGCACCAGAGAGAGGUCCCUGUACUGCUAGUAUUACAAGAUACCAUUACAAUGUCACUAGUCAGUUGUGUCAACAGUUUUCAUAUGGAGGUUGCUUCCCUAAUGAAAAUAAUUUCUUUACCCAACACGACUGUGAAGACAAGUGUAGUGAUUGCUAUCCAGUUUGUACUCCAGAGUAUUGUACCAUCCAAAGAGGGGGAACAUGUUCUGUACCCUCAUCUCUUCCUGGCAGUACUCAAGGGUGUCCUGGAGGAUGUGCUCUAUCCAAUUGUGGUGCUUGUUAUUAUUCAUAUAAUGAUCUACCAUUCCCUCCAUUACCUGGUUCUUGUCCUAGUGUGUGUCCAUUGCUUAAUGGUCAAGUGGAUGAGUCCUGCAUGGCAAGAUGGGGACGCUGUGUGCAGAGAUCAUAUUAUGCCAUUUAUCAAACAGUUUCUGAGCGUGAGAGGUUCAAGAAUAAUUUCCGCUGCUGGUCUCAUCAAUGCACAAACUAAAUCUGAGGCUCCAAUUGAUUGUUUAAAACAUUUUUUGUAGUUUUGAAUAAUGAAGUGAAUAAAUUACAAUUAUAAAUAGCUAAUUAUUUUGAUUCUUGUUUGCAAAGCAUGAACUCAUUUUUUGUUUGGAG